AUGUCUAGCUCCAAAGCUCCUAUCCGCUCACCAUCCCCUACUGGGUCGGUUCGGUCCGCCGCGCCGGGCGCACCCACACCAGGACCCACCUCCACUGUCACCUCCAGCUAUGGCAACUAUGGCAAUCACGGCAAGGACGAUACCAAGGUUGACGUGUUCUAUGGAUCUCGUGAAAAGUAUGUCACCCAUGAAGACAAGGUCUUAUUCGCGGGACUUCACAUGAGGGGAUCAGCCUUCCAUUGGUUUGAACCUAUCAUGAUGGACCACAUGACGUCCCCCGAAGGACAAAAGGACCCGGAAACCAUUGCCAUUUUCUCCAACUUCGCGACAUUCAUGGAACGACUCAAGCAAAUGUUUAGAACUCCAGGGGAGGAACAGGCCGCGGCCCAACGAAUCUACCAACUCAAGCAGAAGGGGUCAGCUGCGCAGUACUAUGCCCUGUUCAAGAGGCUUCAGGCCAAACUGGAUUGGGACGACAACGUACUUACCGCUGCCUUCUACACUGGCUUAAAGGACAACAUCAAAAAGGAGUUGAGACCGGAGAGGCCUGACACGUAUCAGGGGUUAGUCAACAAAGCCAUCGAAAUUGAUAACUGGCUAUACGAGUUAGGAUUGGAGAAGAAAGGAUACCAUGGAAAGAUGGGUGGCGCGUACUAUAAGGGCAAGCGCACCAACUACCAGUCUUAUGGUGAUCCGAUGGACCUUGACGUUAUUGAACGAGGCCGGUCCUCACGACCGAAAGACAAGUUCCAACGCAAGGGGCUAUCCAACAAGGAGCGAGAACGACGCAAGAAAGAAAACCUGUGCUACAACUGUGGAAAUCCGGGACAUAGGGCUAACGAGUGCGGUACGAAGCCCGUAGGACUGCAUAUGAUUGAAGCCGGUAUUGAAGAAGAAAAGGCCGACACUCCAAUUGAGAAAGAACUCGAGCGCCUGAGACUUGAGAGCAAAGAACAGAUCCGGGGAUUGAGGAGCCUAGAACCCAAAAGACAACAAAUGAUAAAGGCAUACCUGGAUGGCCUCAAGAAAGACAACUCAGAGCAGGCUAGCCGCGCCGAGAGAGCACAGAAGAGGAAUUCCGAAGGAACCCAGACGGAGGGAGCGACUCCGGUACCACUGUUAAUGGUCAACGGUGAAGAGGUUACCGACACCGCAGGAACCUAUCCUGGCCGAGGUCGGUAG